UGGUUGGGUUGAACGGAACCCCUUGAAAAAUACAUGGAACAGUGUACUCCUGCCAAGAUUGGAAUCCAAACCCAAACUGUCACCUUAGUUUGACAUGAUAUUUGGUGAUGGUCAGAUUUAAUGCAAGACCCACCAAAGAAGAACAGUCUUCAUCAUUUCAGAGAUGCAGCAGUAGGGAAAAGUGCAUUGUCUCAGAUGUUCCGCAGUGAUGGGGCACACUUCCAAAAGAAUUACAGCAUGACAGCUGGUGUGGAGCUGCUGGUAAAAUCAGUCAACAUCUCUGACACCAGCGACAGUGUGGAGCUGUACAUCUUCGACUCAGCCGGACGAGAAACCUUCACGAAGGCCUGUGAGAAAAUGUGGGGGCAGCCGUCAGUGGUGUGCCUGGUGUUUGACAUCAGCAAUCUGGACUCGUUCAACAACUGCAGCCGCUGGUUAGAGAGAGUGCGAGCUCACUGCAAUGGACUGCAGCUACCAGGUGUGUUAGUGGGGAAUAAGUCAGACCUGGCAUCCAGGAGAGAGGUGGAUGUGGCCCUGGCACAAGAGUGGGCACAAAACCAAGGCCUUCAGUACUUCGAGACCUCUGUAAAAGAAAUGGAGAACUGUGACGCCCCCUUCCUGAGUUUAGCCCAAGCAUAUUACGAUCUGUAUCAGGAACGAAAGCGGAUCACGCAGAGAAUCUGUUAACACACCACACAUAUCGACAACCACAGUGUCACCAUCUGUCUGUACCUCACCAAUACUUCUUUUUAACUACAACACAAGAUCUAGCAUUAUUUUUUUGAUAUUGGGAUGCUUUAGAAGGCAUCCCAAUUUAUACUGGAGCAUUUUAAAGAAUAGAGGCAGUUUCAGUAGUUUACUACUGAAUAAUAACUUAAUUAUUACUGAAUGAAAUUCCCAAACUCAUUCCUUUAAAUGGUCACCAACAGUGCGUGACCUAGAGGAAGGGUCAGAAAGGAGAUGGGACUCAGAAGAAUGGAGAGAGCACGAAGAUUGCAAUUCAGAGUAGCCAAUCCGGAGGAAACCAACAUGAACAUGUCAAACCCCUUACUGACAGUGUCUGGGGAAAAGGUUUGCCUUGAACCGUGUGCAUCGCCCACACUUUUAAAGUGGGUUUUGCACAAGUCAUAACUUCCUUUUAGCCUGGUAGUCUACGUAGUGGGUAGAGCUUUGGGCUACCAACUGAAAGGUUGGGAGUUCGAAUCCCAGCUCUGCCAUGCAGCCAUUGUUGGGCCCUUGAGCAAGGCCCUUAACCCUCUUCACCCCAGGGGCGCCGUACAAUGGCUGACCCCAGCUACCAAAACAAGCUGGGUUACACGGAAAAGAAUUUCGUUGUACUGUACAUCUGUAUAUGUUUAUAUGACAAAUAAAGGCAUUCUGCAUUCUUCUAUAAACAUGCAGAA